AUGUUUAGAAAAUCGGUUUUGAAGGAGUGGCUAUUGACUUUGAACUUUUAGAUAAACACAGCGUCGGAAUUGUAGUUCACAUGGAACCAAAUGUGGGCGAAUGUAACCGCUGAAAACCCUACAUAUGGAAAAGGGUUUAAGAGUUAGCUAACAGUAACUGUUAGCUGUUAUCGUUAACUCUGCUUACUAGAUUAUCUAGCUAACUACAUUUUGUAACUUUGCUAGUUUGGAUGUUUAACCAACGUUAGCGUAUGUUUUGAGAUCACGUCCUUCACGUAGCUAGUUACAACCUAUAAUUAUUUAACUAUAGUUACUGUAACUAUCUCACUAUGCGGCUAGCUCUCUUACUAGCCACUUCUCGACAUUUUCCAACCAUUGCGUCAUCACAUUGACAUUGUCGGGUAGAUUCUCACACACUGGUAUCUUGUAUUUGCAUCUGUCUCUAGUCAAUUGCUAAUAGCUUAGCAUUGCAAUUGGUUAUUAAAAUCAAUCUAAGUGUUAAACGCCUGACGCAAUUUUGACGUAAACAAAAAAAGUUUGAUAGGCCGGUUUCAACCAACGUGGGGUCUACCGCCUCCCUCCAGUUGCUAGUUUGCUCUGUUCACAUCGCGGUGAUGACAACUAAAGUUAACGUUAUUUUACUUGGCUCAGUAAAUUGGGGCUCUGCGUUCAUGACUAGCUUCACUAUACUUUAUUAAUUUAUGGAAGUAAAGAUGUUGCUAGGGUUCUAGAGAACGUGUUUAUGUAUGCGUAGGGUGCCAUUAAUCCCAAAUACGAAAUGUUUUUUUUAGCAUUUUCUAUACCUCCACACUAGGUCCGGUCCAUGAGUUUGCGUCGGAUCUGCCAAGAUGCAUGCGUAGACGAGAGCUAUUCUCGCCAAUGACGAGAAUAGCUUGAAAUCCACAAUUCCUCAGCCAAGAUGUCAAAAAGGCCAUCAUAUGCACCUCCCCCCACCCCAGCCCCCACAACUCAAGUGCCCAACACCCCUGGGUUUGUGGGGUACAACCCAUACAGCCAUCUGGCCUACAACAACUACAGGCUGGGAGGGAAUACCGGCAGCAACAACAGGGUAAUGAAUUCCUCAGGAAUCACUGUUCCCAAGCCGCCCAAACCGCCAGACAAGCCGCUGAUGCCCUACAUGCGGUACAGCCGGAAGGUAAGCAGGAAGGUCUGGGACCAAGUCAAAGCCUCUAAUCCGGAUCUGAAGUUAUGGGAGAUUGGAAAGAUUAUUGGUGGCAUGUGGAGGGACCUCACUGAAGAGGAGAAGCAGGACUACUUGAAUGAAUAUGAAGCGGAAAAGAUUGAGUACAACGACUCCCUGAAGGCCUACCACAACUCACCGGCUUACCUGGCCUACAUCAAUGCCAAGAACCGUGCCGAGGCGGCUCUGGAGGAGGAGAGCAGACAGCGGCAGACCCGCGUUGAGAAGGGAGAACCUUACAUGAGCAUCCAGCCUGCUGAAGACCCAGAUGACUAUGACGAUGGGUUCUCCAUGAAGCACACGGCCACCGCUCGCUUCCAGAGGAACCACCGGCUCAUCAGUGACAUCCUUAGUGAGAUUGUGGUGCCAGAUGUGCGCUCUGUCGUCACCACUGCACGCAUGCAGGUCCUCAAGCGCCAGGUCCAGUCCCUCAUGGUGCACCAGAGGAAGCUGGAAGCAGAGUUGCUGCAAAUAGAGGACCGGCACCAGGACAAGAAGAGGAGAUUCCUGGAGACUACAGACUCCUUCAACAGUGAGCUCAAACGGCUGUGCGGUCAGAAGGUGGAGGUAGACAUGGAGAAGCUGGCAGCAGAGAUUGCUGCGGCAGAGGAGGCUGCUAGGCGGCGGGCGGAGGAGAGGGAAAAGGAAGCGGCGGAGCAGGCAGAGAAGGCUACCCAGGCCCAGGAACAGCAAGAGCAGCAGCAGGCAGCAGCAGCCUCCCCUUCAUCUACCCUGCCCAUCACUGAACAGAACAACACCACCCCACCAACCACAGAGACCAAGGAGGACCAGGACAAGCCAACCCCUAUGGAGACAGAAGAGACUCCUGCAUCAGAUACAUCUGAGACCCAGCCUGAGGCUGAGGAGGGCACACCUGCUGCUGAGAAGCAGCAGGGCCCGCCGGUGGAGAGCGUCACGGACGAGGGCACCAGUGACAGCACCGCCCCAUCCGAGAGCAGCACCGGACCCCCUGCAGACCCCCCUGCUUCAGCUGAGCCUGCCCCAGAGGAACGCCCAGCCAGCCAGCCCUCCCAAUAACAGCUCUGUAGAAGGGCACACCCUCCAACCUGUAGACUAGGGUCAUGUUUUGUGGGCACAGUGCUGCAUAUCAAAAACAUUGAAAUGUAUAGAAGUGAUUUCAUGGGUAGAGAUGUCCAUAGUUUUGUACAUUCUGUAUGUUAUUUGCGAUGUCGUGCAACCCUGUGCCCAUUUAAAUAUGACCCUGUGAUGUUCUUCCACCAUCUCCACACUCAGUUUGUGUGUUUUCUAUUGAUCUUAUAGACCUUUGGAUUCAUACCACAAGCCAACCGUUCCUCUUUAGCUAUUUGCGUUGAUAGAACAGGGAAGGGCCUUGGCCUAAUUUAUUCCAUACCCAAUUGACAAUGGUUUUUACAUGCUAUUUUUGUUGCCUAUUUUUAUCUAACUUUUAGUUAGUAAUCAAUAUGGUGUGGACUGUUAGUGAUCGAUUAAAUUCAGAAUUCAUAUGAAAUGGCCAGUCCUUGAAUAUCACCUAUUAUAUCACAGCAAAUGGAUGAUUUGUGAACUGUUUUACAUGAGCUGUUUGCAACUGCACAGCUGUGUCAAACCCUGUUGCUGUGUUACACCACUAGAGAAAUGGUCAUGAUGAACCUCAGAUAAAACAUCACACAUUCAAAUGGCUGUUUUUACUUGAAUUUGAAUGAUUUUAGUAUGCCUCUGCGAUUUGCAUCUUUUUUUGUACUGUCAAGCCUCUUGCCCAAAUAAAAGUAAUUUCUGUC